AAAACGUUUAAAAAAAAACCAUCACCCUCGCUAAACUUGUGCAAGUCUAAUUUUGAUCACGACAUGCAUACUGCCCUCGUGCGGUAUGAUGCCCGUCCUUGUUCGGAUCCUUUUUACGCAGAGGCAAUAGACCGUUUACGUCGACUCGACCGACAGACCCACCAUGCCCACACGAUUGCCAUGACGUGCGGAAUUAUUAUUAGCUCUUGAAAAUUGUAUAAAUAGUAACAGCAUGGGUAGAUUUCAUCAGUUUGCUCUCGUUCAGAGAAUGUAAUUGUCGUCUUUUGUCCAGUAGCCUACCCAUAACGUCCGUAAGGAGUCAUCUUCAUGCAUUGGCUACAUACAUGACAUACCGUUCGGGUAGAUUUGUCAGCGUUUCACGUUCAUCUGUCGGUAUCAACAUUGAAAAUCUGUUCAGUGUUGUUCGCAAUAUUUCGGCCGGAUCAAAUAAUAAGGUCUCCACAAUGGAGAGCCACAAGAACAUGAGCAACGGUUCUUCGCUGAGCAUAACAACUGUACCAGAGCCAGAGGUUCGAGCACUUGUCAAGCACAGCGUCAGGACUCAAGUCCGGUCCUAUCUGAUCGCCCUCCGCCCCUGGUCGUUCAGCGCCUCCAUCAACCCUGUGAUCUUGGGCACCGCGCUGGCUCUCAAGUCCUCCACCGAGUCCGGCCUGAGCCCCUCCAAUUUGGUGGUUUUCCUGGCCGCUCUGGUGGCCGCCCUGUCGGUGCACGGGGCAGGGAACCUUGUUAACACUUACUACGAUUACCUGAAAGGAAUCGACAGCAAGAAAAGUGACGAUAGGACACUGGUGGACGGCAUAUUAACGCCGGACAAUGUGGCAACAUUUGGGCAAGCGUUGUACAUAGUCGGGUGCCUGGCCAUCGUGGUGCUGUAUUAUAUCUCACCAGCUAGACUAGAGCACAUAGCGCUGCUGUACUUCGGCGGCCUGUCCAGUUCCUUCCUGUACACUGGUGGCAUCGGGCUCAAGUACCUGGCCCUGGGUGACCUGGUGAUCAUGUUCACCUUUGGACCGCUGACUGUCAUGUUCGCCUACACCUCCCAGAGUGGGAGCCUGGAGCUCUUCCCUCUGUUAUACGCUGUCCCCCUGGCCAUGAAUACAGAGGCCAUCCUGCACAGCAACAACGCCAGGGACAUGGAGUCGGACCGCAAGGCCGGCAUCGUGACCAUCGCCAUGUGCCUGGGGAAGACGGGCUCCUACAUCCUCUACGCCCUCCUGAUGUUCGUGCCCUACAUCCUGUUUGCCAUCAUGGGCGUGAAUUUCUCACUCAGGUACCUACUGCCCUUCCUCACUCUGCCCAUGGCGUUCAAUCUGGAGAAGGACUUCCGCAGGGGGGAGAUGGACAAACUGCCCCAGCGGACUGCCAAGCUGAACUUGGUCUUUGGUGUACUGUACAUCCUUGCCUGCUUGCUGGUCCCAAGCCGGGCGAUGCCCGGAGUAACUAACCCCCUUAUUUCAAAAUAAGGCUGCAUUCAGAAGAAUCUUGGCUACGGCUGCAAUAACACAUUGCCAAUGAGAGCCUCUGGCUUGCGGCUGCAGCCAUUUCCCUUAGUCACAAGUGUUUACUGCAAGCUGUAGCCAAGGGUCUCAGACGCAGACUGAUGGUCUUUUCCAGAACUCAACUUUAUCAGAGACUUUAGUUUGAUCACUGAUCUACAGAAGCAUCCAUAGGUAGAGCUGAGUCAAUUCGAAUAAUUCACUUUUCGAAUAUUUGAUCUUCAAUUUGAUCAAAUAUCUGAAUAUUUGGUCGC